GCCUCCGCUGGGGCCAUGAGCCGGGACCUGCUGCUGCUGCUGCUGUCCCUGGUGGGGGCGGUUGCCUGGGACGACCGGUACAUGACAAGCCUGCCCGAGUUCCUGUCGGCGCCGGCCGGGGGCUCCGUCACCCUGCCCUGCACCUUCUGGUACCCCCCUGGGUUCGAGUCGCCGCAGGACCUCCGGGUUCACUGGGGACGAGGCGGAUACCAUGGCGAGUUGAUCUACAGUCACACCGAGGGGUUCACCCACCCGGAUUACGGGGGCCGCAUCACCCUGGUCGGGGACCCGCGGGGGAACCGAACGGCCUCGAUCCGCAUCGACCGGCUGCGGGAGUCGGACGCCAGCAUGUACGUCUGCGAAAUCAGGGCGCAGAAGAGCAACCGAUGGGAGAGCUGGCGCAGUUACCCUGGGACCAACCUCACGGUGACAGUGCGGGAAGCUCCCAGCACCACAGACAGCACCCGGCACCCGGAAAUGGUCACAACUGGCACAGGGGGUGCCGAGAGAACCUACCCCCGACGCAUCGACACUGUUCACCUCGUCCUCAUUGGCCUCGUCCUGCUGCUCUCCAAGGCCGGCAUCUUCAUCGUGGUCUUUGCCCUGGGCUGGCGGCUGGGCUGGGUUCACGGCUCAGAGAGCGUCACCGAGCGGGUGCCCAGGAGUGACGCACUGUCGGCAUCAGGAUUUGAACUCACCUCCCUGGUGCAGAGCCCUUCGCCAGGCAUCCCCGGGGAAUGACACUGUCCAGCAGCAGUAGAACAGCUGUUAUCCUCCAGCAAAACACCCACUAGCCGGAGCAGAGAGGGAUGGAUAGUGUGCAUGGAGUGGAGGGGGGAGU